CUGACAGUGUGGCAACGUUUGUUUUGCUUACAAAAUUUUUGGGAAAAGCUGAAGGAAAAGUGAAAUAUUUAUACUUGAAAGGAUAUUUUGGCUGUCAAAUACUGAAUAUAGUGACCAGCACCAGUCAAGAGGGGUAGGACUGACCAAUACACAGGAACAGAAUCAUGGCUCUUUAUAAAGGAGCUGCUAGUGAAGCUGGCCGUGCCUUACAGCUGAAGAAAAAGAGAGAAAAGGCUUUAGAAGAGUUAGAACAUAGAAAAAAGAAAAUUGAAGAAGAGAUGAAAUUAGCAAAUAUUGGGAAUAAGUUUGCUGCUCAUUAUGAUGCUGUAGAGCAGCAAUUGAAAUCAAGUACAAUCGGAUUAGUUACACUGGAUGAAAUGAAGGCAAAACAAGAAGAUGUUGUGAAAGAAAGAGAAAGGCAAUUAGCUCAGAAACAACAUGAGAAAGAACUCCAGAGACAAAAAGAAAUUAGAGAGAAACAAGAGGCGAAGGAAAGACAAAAGCGGCAGAUAGCUGCUCUGUCAUUUCGGCUUGAGGAAGAUGAGGAACUUGAUGAGAAUGAAGGAAAUGCAUUUGAAGAAAGGCCUUUAACUGAUGAUCAAGAUAGUCAAGGAUUCUCUUCAGAUAGCAAUUCCUUGGAUACCAAAGAACAAGUAAAAAAGAAGAGAAAAAUUACAAAAAAUCCAGAUGUUGAUACUAGCUUUUUACCCGACAGGGAAAGAGAAGAAGAAGAACGGAGAUUAAGGGAAGUUCUUCGUCAGGUAAUUUGGGUGCAGUCUUUGCGUUUAUAUUAAAAAAUUUUGUUUAUU